AUGGCCAGCGCCAGUGCCAGUGCCAGCGCCAACCUCCCUCCUCCCCCUCUCACCCCCAACCCCAACCCCACAAUCGUCAUCAUCCACGGGGCAUGGCACAACCCCACGCACUACAGCAGCCUCAGCAACGGCCUCCGAAGCCUCAGCCACAACGUCCUAAUCCCCUCGCUCCCCUCAAUGAACGGCACCCGCCCCCCAACCUCAGACCUCCACACCGACACCGCCCAAAUCCGCCGCUAUAUCGAAUCGCUCGCGGACGCAGGCCACCGCCUCGUUAUCCUAAUGCACUCCUACGGCGGCCAAGUCGGCACCAACGCACUGGCUGGACUCGACACGCGCACACGCGGGGCUUCAAACCUGCCCGGCGGUGUUAUCCGGCUGGUAUACAUGUGCGCGCAUGCCCUGAGCGAGGGCAUGUCCAUGUUCGGCAUUGCCAAGGCCGCGGGCCGCGAGAAGGCGCUCCUCGAUGCAUUUAUUGUUGCUGAUGAUGGGAUGGUCGAGUACCGCGAGGUAAGGGAGCGCAUGAUUGGACCGCCUGGAGAUCUCUCGGAGGAGAUGGUGGAGUCUUAUAUUGCGCGGUUGAGGCCAUGGAAUGGGAAGGGGCUGUAUCAGGAAAUUCAGGCGGCUGCCUGGAGGGACAUACCAGUGUCGUAUCUUCUUACCUUGCAGGAUAGGCUGAUGCCAGUUGCAUAUCAGAAUGCCAUGGUAGCGCGCUUACGGGCUGAAGGGGUGGAGGUUGAGGUGUUUGAGUUGGAAACUGGGCAUUGUCCGCAUGCUACGACGACAGGGAAGGUGGUGGAGAUUUUGCAUGCUGUUACAAACAGAGAAACGAAGAAGUAG